GCUACUAUUAUAACAGACCGUGAAAAUGGAAAAUCAAAAGGCUUUGGCUUUGUAACAUUUUAUGAUGGACGCCAUGUACAAGAUGUAAUCGACCAGCUGCAUCAGAAGGUGAAUACAGUUGAUAUUAGACCAAGUUAUAAAAAUUAAUAUUUAUUUGUCUCCUUAUGCCCAUAAUUCCUUGCAUAAUCAAGGUUUAUAAUUUUGUCAAAAUUCACAUCAUGUAUGGAUGUUGGAUGGAUUGCACAUCAAGGCAGAAACACAAGUUGGUUGUAUUUGUAUUUAUAUACAGCAAACCUGUAUUAACCAGUCACCAUUGGGGGAUGGCUUACUACCUGCUUAAUACAGGUUGACUUCUAACAUAAUACAGGUUUGACAAAUAAAUAAAUAAUUAUCGUUUAUUCCACCCUCUUGCAGAUAACUGAAUUAACAAGUGGUUAUAACUAACAAUAAUGCUACAAUAAAGCUAUGUAUUAACCACUAUGUGGUUGAGUUUGAUCGUCCAGGUGAACGUAGUCCUGAAUAGGACUGUUGUUGUUGACGGUGACUGACGUUUCGACAACCUGUGCGGUAGUCAUCUUCAGAGUCAAAGUGAGUUGUAUCACGUCAGUUGAUGGUAUUAUACUUUGGUUAUUGAUCUGAUUGGUCAAUUACGUCGCAAUGUUAUUGGUCGUCUGUCAGUUAAGCUGUGAUGUUAUUGGCUAUGAAGACUCGUAAUCAGUAAUUGGUGCAUUUCGAUCCGUCUAUUGUCACAGUUAAACAGUCGUCUAUUGUUAGUGAAAGUGUCAGUUCUCCAGUCGUUCUCUCGUAGUUAGUUUUGCUUGAUCUCGUUUAUAAGUCGUUUGUACGGCGCUGGUAACUGUUGGCUACGAUUCAGUGGCGUUUGUUCUAAGUUAGUAAACCAACUUUCUAAAGUAAGACGUUAAUAGUAGUCUGUAGAAUAUGUUAUACAUGUCGCAGAGUCCCAGUCAAUUUGAUGUUUGGUCUUUAAAUGGUGCUCAGCAAUGUGAUUGUUGACAUCACCAUUCCUCGUUGCUCGUUUGUUUUCGGUCAGUCGCGUGCUUGACGUGCUUAGGUUUCUGCUGGUUUCACCAAUGUAAAAAGCCUGGCAGUGGCAGCAUUAAUUUUGAUCUUGUAUACUGCUCCCUGUCUGUCCUCCAGUUUGUCUUUGUCCUUGACAUUAGUAAGCAGUCACCAUAAACUGGUUAUCGGUUUGUGUGCAACACACAUACUGUAAGGUUGUAAUAUAUGUGCAAUAGUUUCAGAGGUGCCUCUGAUGUAUGGUAUACUCGCUGUCGUAACAGGGCCAGAGUUGGUCUGAGUUUUGGAAUCAGUGUUACUGUGAGUGUUCCGUCUAACAAAGUUCGUGUUGUAAUAAUUGUUCUUACUAAAAACGUUGUUAAGAUAAUCAGUCUCUUCUUGUAGGCUGUCAGGUGAGUCGCAAACUAGUUGCGCUCGUCUCGUCAGAGUCCAGAUAGUAGUAGCCUUGUGAGGUCGGGUUGUACGAAGACUGGUCUAGUAAUCGGUCGGUAUGUGUCGGUUUUCUGUAAAUAGUCGUUUUUAGUUUGUUGUUGUCGCGAGUGACCAAGUAGUCUAGAAAAGGUAUCUCACCAUUUACACUAGUUAAAAAACUAGUUUAUACUAAAAAACUAGUUUAUACUAGUUAAAAAACUACUUAAAAGAUAAUCAUGACUGAUGCUUAAACAACAAAAAUUUAAAGUAAAAAAGUUCUCUGGUCUCCUAGUUCUCAUGAACUUAUUGAAUGGUCGAGAAGAACCAGGUCUAAGGUUAUAAGGAUUAGUUCUUUGUGCAGCAGUGGACACCAAGCACGACAAUGGGUGGUCAUGGGUGCCUUUCAUCUCAGCCAUAAAUUUAUGACAUACGAGCUCGCGUCUGUUUGAAAGUCUAGUUUCGUUGGCAAGCAACAAUGCUUGACCGUACGAAUUGUUAGCAUAUACGAUUGUAAAGGCCCUUUUUUGCACGGACUCUAUUCUAUCUGACAGAUAGUCAGGAAUGUCGUGCCACACCUGCAUGGUAUAUUCUAAAAUCGAUCUAACUCUACUUCUAAAGACUUUCAACCUAAGACUUAUUCAAGAGAGUAACGAUAGUGAAAGAGCGAAAGAUCUAUUGCACAACAAAACAAUCUCCUCUACCUCUUCCUGUACCAAAAGGAAAGAAGUAAGAGACCAAUAAACACCAUGCACACUGUAUCUGUUGCACAACUACAUGUAUUACUGGUCCACAAUCAGUUGUCACUUGCAGGCUCUGACUUUCAGCGUCUUCCCCAAAUUAUUUUAAUGUAUUUUGCCAUGUAACUUUAAAAAAAUCAUAUCUCUGGUGUUAUUUGCAGUUCAAUAUCAAGCUAUACCUCAUUGGAAAGGGAUAAGAAUACCCUUUCGGAAAAAAAAAUAUUUCGGUUGUAGGAAACCCAUAAUAUUCCGCCACAAAAAAAUUUAAAAGGCAUAUUUUGCAUAAACAUUUUUUAAAAUUUUAAAGAAUGUCUUUCAGCUAGGAAACUUGUUUAUUUUGGGUGAUAUGGUGGUAAGAAAUUUUUUUCCUCAAUAUCUCAGCAAAAAAAAAACGAAAAUUGUUCUAAAACAUGGAGCGACUAGAAAUUUUCUACAAAUUUUUUUCUGCACGCUCUCAUGAAGCGAAGCGAAGGCAAAACAGGAAGGAAAUCAUCGCCGUUUCAAGAACAUGUUGCACAGAGUUCGGCGAUCGGCGAUUUGCAUGCACAGAUUCUAAGUGUUUCCUUACUUCAAUUUUCGCGUUUAUUUUGCUUGUUAUCCUCCAAAAUCCUUCAGAAUAGUUUGCUUGACUUGUAUUUGGUUGACAUUCGUCGAUACAAGCUUGCAUUCUUCGCAAAACUGGCUCACAAAAAUUCCCCGCGACUCGCCAUAAAAUUCAACAUUUUCGAAAGCUCGGUGUGUCGCGGUCAAAAGUCCACAGGGGCUAGAACUAGGCAGGUGAUUAGCUAAAUCUAUGAACUUCCUUUGUGCCAAAUUUGGGAGCAAUCGGAAGUAACACAAUUUUUUGCGAAUCUUUUUCCGGUUUUUUACCUAUUUUGCCAGGGGCGGAAGACGACGAGUUAAAAAAAAAACCUGGCAUUUUUCGGGUGAAUGAACCCAGAAUGCCACCACAAAUGUAGGAUACCAAGUGAUUUUACAAACCAGCGUGCAAAGAAAGUAGUGUCCAAUAGCCCAGGGCUAGUGGAUUUUGCUAUCGAGCUGGUGAAUUCUGUUCUUAACUUGCCCGAUGGGCAAGUGACCUUUUGUGGGGAAUUCAAAAUUUGUGCUAGGUGAAAUGACUUUUGGGCUAAUACGUGUAAAAACUGACAUUCAUAUUUUUGAUCUCUUUUAAGUGAUUCCUUUACUGUGGUUCCAAAGUCUUGGGCGUAGUUCAAAGCACUAAAUGUUUUGUGUUGAAGUGAGAAACCGCAUGUAGGUUUUCGACCUGCGUUGUCAGAAGUUUUUUUUACCUCGAUGCAGAUUUUGUUGACAUCCUCUUCCGCGUCCCGCAAUGUUACCUUUUUCGCAGAUGUACCUUAUUCGCGUAUUUCAAAAGCCUCUUAAAGAUAUCCAAGGGUUUUAAGAAAUGAAACUGCUGAAACUGUUUCAGUAAGACUGGUUUAAACACGAUCAUUUCUGUCUAUUAAAAAGGUCUCAAUAGUUAGAACUCCAACAUCAGUUACAAAAAUGAUCUCUUGUAAGUACAAAUUGCACGUACCAGGGCCCGCGCAGGGGGAGGGGCUGAAAAAAAUAAAUGAAAUUAAAUUAAAUUAAGAAAUACACAAUAACAUUUUCAAAUAAAAGGAAUCUUUGAUGGAACAAGAAUAUUCAACUGGCAGAUCUCGCCGAAGAAUCCAAGUUUAUGAUUAGUCCGUUUCGGUCCUAUAUCAUAUGGUAAGCCUUAAAACGACUAUCUCUACAAACUCUGCACUUAGUCUUAAACUUCUGCGUUUUCAUGUAGUAUAUGCACAAACAAUGGAGACUUUUUUGUACCAAGGUUCUUAGAUCUGCACGGAGCUGCGACUUUAGCCUGCAAAAACAUCCAUUUCUCUUUGCUCUUCGCCGCCGGGGACAUUUCGCGAGGAGAAAAUGUCUCCGGCAGCGAAGAGCGAGGAGAAACGAAUGUCUUUGCAGGCUACUGCAACUUCUGAAAACAAAUUGAACUCAUUGACAUCGUAAACAACAUGAAGAAGUUUCAGGAAUUACCUCAGCAGAGUAUGAUAAAUGAAAUUGUCCCGAUCUGCAAGUUUCUGCUGGUAAAUCCUGCAACCAUCACGGCAGCUGGAAGGUUCAACAAUGACUAAAGAAAGGUUCUAAACAGCCGCAAGGAGAGGACGGACAAACUUUUUAAGUAAAUGAAACACGCAAAAAUUAUGAUUGUGUUGUGCAUGGUUACACUUUUUUGUUACUAACUCCUUUCUCGUUUGUUAAACUAUUUAAAAAAAAUGAUUGAUGAGUUGUAACUGUUUAAAAAAUAUUGAGUCGGCACCAGGUAAACCAUUUUUAAAGUCCACAACCCCACAAACCCCUCCCCCACCUCCCCAACUACACUUCAAAAGGGGUAGAUCGACCCCCGCACAUUGAAAACUGCUCGGCGGGCCCUGUGUACUUGAAAGAAAGACUGCUGAUUUCUUUGAACCCUCAGAUAUUCUUCUUAGCUAGAACCAAUGCUAAGGGUCCCAGCUUUUUUAUUUGGGUAAUGUUUAGGUGAAUUAACGAUCUUUUGGGUCCCUGAAAACAGUAUUUUCCUUUUCCGAACACGGAAAUCUUGUUAAUAUCAGAACAACGAAUUAUUCGUUGAGUUGUCUACAACCAGCUCUUUGACUUACGCUUUCUAUUUGUCAGGUACUACCCUGUUGUGCCUUUUGCACAUAGUAAUAUCAGUUAAUGUGCCACCUGGUCAUCAGCGGGACAGACAAAUGUCAGAAAAAUAGCAUUUCUGUUUGCAAAACUUUGUUCCUUUCAUUAAUAUAAUAUCUUUUAACUGUUAACUGUUCAUUUAUCAGUUAACUACUAUUUUUUUGGCCAAUUAUCAGUUAACUACUAUUUUUUUGGCCAAAUAUCAGUUUAACUGUUAACCCCAUUUGCACCCUCAUUUUUGUGCACAACAAUAGCUAGCAUUUUUGCAUAUUUCAAAUGCAUUAUUAGUAACUGCUGUUCAUGUGAAAAUGAAACUUGGAGACAAUACCAUGAAUAAUGAGAGGCUUUCACUUGUAAUGACGAAACUUCCAAUAAAAAAAUAACAAAUUGUAGCCCUUAUUUUACUGCCUUACAAUAUAUCAAUAAUCUUGAAACUAAAAGGUCAUAUAAAAGGAAGGUUAAUCUCAAGAAUCUUAAAUUUUUUAAAAAAUCUAUUGAGCAGUUUAAAAAUUGUUCGCUAAUUUGUUAAAGAAGACCAAAGUGUUUACAAAACCGCUAACAAGAGCGCCUCGAUACAUACUAAUCAAACCCUUCUUUCUAGCAAUCGGCUGGAGCUAUCUCCAUGAUCUUUCACACAUGUUUUUAAAAAGAUUGAAACUACUUUGAGGUGAAAUCGCACAUCAAAAGCACUUCGUUUUCUACUGAUAACGGCCAAACAUCAAGAGUGUCCAUUUUUUACUGUUUCUAACCAUAUAAACUUCACCCUAAAAUAUCUUGAUAACGCUCUUACAGAUUUUGCUUAAACUUCACGAACAUCGGGACUGCUGUUGGAGGAAAAAGCUCCCGUGAAUGAUUUUGAAAGAACAGUUUCCAGUGCUGAGAUAUUCUGCUGCAAGUAAAAUAGGUUAAUGGCGACAUUUCGUUGCUUUGACAACUCCGAUGUCAUUUACCCUGAUCAUAACAAGUUUUGAUCUUUAUCUAAUACGACUUUGGUGGCAAUUUUUCCAAAUCUUUGUUUAUGGUGACAUACAUGUAGUUUAUGCUCAAACUUGGGAGGUAUUGACCCUGAAAAACUGUAUCAUACCACCUUAAGUCCCUCAUGAAAAGUUCCUUUAGAAUUAGUGAUUGUUGAGCUUCUUCAACCCUGAGAAGUUGGUUUGCUUUUCACAACAAUGCCCCACAAAGUAAAGCUGUCACAGUGAAUUACAAAAUAAAACUCUUUUCCUACCUGAUGCAUCCAAGCUGACGGAUACGCUCGUCAGUGCUGACAUAUACCCUCAUCUGAGCUGAUGCUAUUGCGUUUACAUUAUUCGCUUAGUUCUGGCCUACACUGUAACUGCAAACUGCCUGACAGAAAAACCUUCUUGUCCUGGUCAACUAGAAGGAGACUGUUUUGAUCUCUGCAAACAUUUGGACAAGGCAGAGGUUAUCAUUAAAAUAUUAACAAUUAAUGAAUGAGGCUGAGUAUCUUAUGAAGAAUUAUGGAGAUCGAGGAGGAUGUUAUCUAUCAAGGCUGUAGGCCGAGGAGGAUAACACCCUCUGAGAUCUCAUAAUUCUUCAUAUGAUAUGAAAGCCGAAUUCAAUAAUUGUUUUAUCAUUCAUUCAAAAUAAUUGCCUAGUUUAAAAACAUAGCUAAAGCAUGUUUACCUCCAUGAAUGUUAAGUUCAUCUUUAAUAGUACACGUAUAGGGUUGUUCAGCUCCGCAAAUAUUCUCCAAAUAGCAGAUGUCGCCCUUCGAGUUGUCUUCUUGCUGUUCUUGCCAUGUUUUUGGCUAUUAUUUUGCCUGGUUCUUACCCUUGAAACAAGUGAAAUGUCCGCCAUCUUUUGUUUUCACAACCAAAACAACUCAACCUCAUCCCCAGGUCUUCUCGGUUAACAGUACAUUAACCUGCAAGGAAGCUACACUUUUGACGUCAUUGGUUGAUUAAUCGCACAAUUCUUCCAAAUUUGGUUAUCAGUAGCUGGUUAUGGUGAAUUAUGCAUGUGCUUUUAGCCAAUCAGAAUCGGGGAAAUAUUUUGAAUGAAUAAUAAUGAAUAUUAUAUUUAAAGUAGUAAGAAAACAAAUGUGGAAUUGCUUAUUUUUUGUUAUUAUUAUAUCUUGGUCAGGUGUUAGAUGGCCGAGAAAUCACUGUAGCAAAAUCAAACCCCCGUGGAGGUGGUGGUGGAGGAGGAGGAGGAGGAAGACGAGGGGGCUUUAGGGGGGGUCGUGGUGGUGGUGGUGGGAGAGGAAGAUAUGGAGGAGGUGGUGGAGGAAGAAGUUAUGGUGGAGGUAUGUACAUGUGUAUAGUAUUAUCAGCAUAAAAAAUACCGCAGGAUGAUCAAAGGAAUAAUCCAUUGAUAACCCUUUCUGAUAUUGAUGUUAUUAACCCAUUCGCUCCUGGAGAUUUUACCGAAAAACGCGUUUUGAAGCUAGUCGAGUGGUUUUCUGGUCACUGUCGUGCUAUAAAGAGCUAAAACUUACCACAAACCGGUUUACAGGUCGUACACUUUGUGGCCUUCUGAUCCAGAUGCAAAAUAUCAGCUUGCGAAGUUCGGGCAUGUGCAGAAAGCAAAAAGUUUUUGGGUUUAAAAGUGACACAGCAGUCUUGACUUUUACUUUUCGCUUUCUCUCCUCGCUUCUUUUUUCGCUUUUCUUGCCUCAUUUUUUUUUCUCUUGCUGGGCAUUUAGUAGGCUUCAUUUUGGUGGGAAGAGUUUUUAGGAAAGCUUUUAGGAUCUUAGGAUUAGGUGAAAGGAAAGGUAGGUGAGCAAUGGAACAAGAUUUUCAUGGAGAUUUUCAGGUCAAUGUCACGUGGUUCUUUGCUUCUUUCUCCGGUGUCCUUGACUGAAUUUUGCUCAUUCUGGUAUGGUUUGAAAGAUCUCUUCACUCUGCACAAGUUAGUGAAGAAAGUUGCCCUUGACCGUUAAAACUGAUGUCGUCGCAAAGGGUAGAAAGGACCUGGAUCCGCACGGGUGGUUACGGGUGGUUCAGGGGCGAAUGGGUUAAUUUUAUGUCUUUAAGCACACUUAAUUUCCCUGUAUUGGUUUUAAGGAUUUUGUUUCAUUCCCCUUUUUAAGUGUAUGUAUUAUGGGAAAACGUACUUAGUUUGUAUUACUGUGACUUGCAUACUGUUAAGAAAUGAAUGGAAUUGCUAUAAAUAUUUAAUGAUGUCAUUAUAUUUAUAGAUGAUCAAUUGGUUAAGUCAAUCCAAUUAUCUGUUCAUUCAGAAAUUUCUAUGGUACACUGUACAUGUAGUUUUAGCUGGAAAAUUUAGCCACUUAGUGUCAAAAUACCUGUGAUAAAGCAUCUCUGUCGCCGGGUGAAGAGAAAUAAUGGGUCUAGAAUAAAGGAAAAUAAUAUUUUUGUUGGAAUAAUGGAAUAAUUCCAUUUUGUGGAGCUGAAUAAUGGAGUAAGUAGUUUUUUUUUCAGUGGAAUAAUGAGUUCGUUUUUACUGGAAUAAUGGAAUAAUGAACACCCGGCGAUUAUUCCUCUUCACCCCCCUAACCUAACCCUAACCCUAACCCUAACCCUUCCCCCGCAUCUAUAACAAUUUUUAAUUAGACUACUACUACUAUUGGCAGGUCCCGGUUGUCCAAAGCUUGGUAUAAGUUGACUCCACAACAUUUCUGUGCCCAGUUUUUUGAAAAGUGGACAACACUAUCCACUGGAUAAAUCACUAUCUAUGGGACAAGUACUGGUAUUAGCCAAGGGAAAUCAAUUGUGUUAUCCGCUGGAUGAGACUUAUCCAGUGGAUAGCAUUAUCCACUUUUCAAACAACUUGGCACAGAACUGUUUAUGUAGCUUUUCACCACACCCUAAGGAAAAACUUAUAAUGGUUUUCCUUUAUCAGGUGGUGAUUAUAGAAGUGGUGGAGGAAGAGAAGGACGUUACGGCGGUGGUGGUUAUGGUGGUGGUAGAAGUUAUGGCGGUGGGGGUGGUUAUGGUGGCCGUGACGAUUAUGGUGGUAACUAUGGGAGA